AUGUUUAGGGUGAUUAUACUUGCCAUUUGUGUUGUGUUUGCAACAGGAUCACCAGUAAUAUCAUUAGAAUCUUUGGAAGAUGAAGUGAGCUGUAAAUUAUGUUUAACUUUCAUUGAGAAUUUACAUGAUUCUCUACUAAAUCAGGACAAACAGAUUCAAGUGACCCAUCAUCUCCUGUCUAUGUGCAAUGAGUUACCUAAAGAUGAGAAGUCACAAUGUCAGGAUAUCGUACAUGGAGCAAGUCCAGAAACAAUGGAUAUCAUGGCAACCCAGAUGAAACCACAGGAAUUAUGUGGACAUCUAGGUGUCUGUUCUGCAAGAGAAGAAGUAAAGGAAUCUCCAAGAGUUCUAAAACCAGUUCAGUCAAAACAACCAGGGGCUGGAGGAGCUUGUGAAUUAUGUGAAUUUGUUGUUCAAGCUGUUGAUCAAUAUAUUGAACAAAAUAAAUCAGAGGCAGCCAUUAAUGCAACUUUAUAUAAAAUCUGUAAUAAAUUACCUGAUAUUAUUAAAUCUACAUGUUUAGGAUUUAUUCCUGAUUUGGUUCAAGUUUUAGCUCAAGGUUUAGAUCCUAAAGAAGCCUGUACUAAAAUUCAUCUGUGUACUGGUUAUCUUAUUGAUCAAAACAAAAAAACUAAAGAAGAAGUUUCCAAGAAAUCAACAGCAGGAGGAGCUUGUGAGUUAUGUGAAUUUGUUGUUCAAGCUGUUGAUCAAUACAUUGAACAAAAUAAAUCAGAGGCAGCCAUUAAUGCAACUUUAUAUAAAAUAUGUAAUAAAUUACCUGAUAUUAUUAAAUCUACAUGUUUAGGAUUUAUUCCUGAUUUAGUUCAAGUUUUAGCUCAAGGUUUAGAUCCUAAAGAAGCCUGUACUAAAAUUCAUCUGUGUACUGGUUAUCUUAUUGAUCAAAACAAAAAAACUAAAGAAGAAGUUUCCAAGAAAUCAACAGCAGGAGGAGCUUGUGAAUUAUGUGAAUUUGUUGUUCAAGCUGUUGAUCAAUAUAUUGAACAAAAUAAAUCAGAGGCAGCCAUCAAUGCAACAUUAUAUAAAAUCUGUAAUAAAUUACCUGAUAUUAUUAAAUCUACAUGUUUAGGAUUUAUUCCUGAUUUGGUUCAAGUUUUAGCUCAAGGUUUAGAUCCUAAAGAAGCCUGUACUAAAAUUCAUCUGUGUACCGGAACUACAAGCAAUGAAAGAAAGGUUGAGAAUGAAAUCAAGAAUUUAGAACUGCAAGCUAAUCCAGAAUGUGAUGUUUGUAAAUUUGUAGUUCAGAUUCUAGAUUCGGUUAUUGGUGAGAAUAAAACAGAAAAAUCAGUGAAUUCAACAUUAUUUAAAAUUUGCAAUUCAUUACCCGAUGAUAUUAAGAAAAUGUGUUAUUCAAUUGCACCAAACUUGGCUAAAGUAUUAACUGAAGAAUUUGAUCCAAUUAGAGCUUGUGUUGCUAUAAAACUCUGUGAAGAUCCAAAUAAACCAGUUGUUGAAGCUCCAUCUUUACUCAAACCUAAAGCAACAGAAGUUAAAUAUACUCAAAAUCAGGCAGGAGGAGCUUGUGAGUUAUGUGAAUUUGUUGUUCAAGCUGUUGAUCAAUAUAUUGAACAAAAUAAAUCAGAGGCAGCCAUUAAUGCAACUUUAUAUAAAAUCUGUAAUAAAUUACCUGAUAUUAUUAAAUCUACAGUUAUUAAUUAUAUUCUACAAACAUUAUAUAAAAUCUGUAAUAAAUUACCUGAUAUUAUUAAAUCUACAUGUUUAGGAUUUAUUCCUGAAUUGGUUCAAGUUUUAGCUCAAGGUUUAGAUCCUAAAGAAGCCUGUACUAAAAUUCACCUGUGCUCUGGUAAUUUGAAUGUUCACAAUCAUCAUGAAGACUCUUUGAAGACAAAUCCGAUAAAGGGAGGAGGUUGUGAUUUAUGUCAGUUUGUUGUACAGACAAUAGAUCAGUUUGUCAGGGAAAAUAAAUCAGAAGCUGCAAUCAAUUCAACGUUAUAUAAAAUCUGUAACAAGUUGCCUGAUCCUUUGAAAACUACAUGUUUAACUUUUGCACCAAAUUUGGUCAAAGUUUUAGCUGAAGGUUUAGAUCCUAAAGAGGCUUGUACUAAGAUUCAUCUUUGUGAUGUGGAUUAUAAAAAAUGGUGUUCACCAGAUUGUGAAGAGAAAUCUGAAUCUGAAAUUGUUCAACCACAACCACUUGUAUCAAAGAAGGGCUUUACCCUCAAAGAAGAACCAAAGGAAAAGGAAAAUGGAGCUGGAUGUGAACUAUGUAAAUUAAUAGUACAGGAGGUUGAUACCUAUGUUAAAGAUAAUAAAUCAGAAGCAGCGAUUAAUGCUACAUUAUAUAAAGUUUGUAAUUCACUGCCUGCUUCAUUCAAAUUAUUGUGUUUGACUUAUAUACCAGAAUUAGAAAAAGCUCUCAAGAAUGGUUUAGACCCUGAAAAGGCUUGUGAAGAAAUUCAUGUUUGUAAAAACAAUACAUUUUUGAGACUGGUAAGAAGAAGUGUAAAUUUGUCGUUUAAUGAAGUGAAAUGUGAUUUAUGUAAAGAUAUUGUCAGUUCUAUUGAUACUGAUGUUUAUAAAGAUGAGGAUGUAGUAAAGACAGCAGUGGAUGAUAUCUGCAACAGAUUUCCUGAACCAGUCAAAGAUGAGUGUCGACAAGCUGUUGAUCCAAAUUGGAAGAACUUGUGGAAUGAUGUUUUUAAGAAUAUUGCUGCACCAGAAAAUCUGUGUCAUCUGUUAACUCUUUGUAAAACUAAGUGA